AAAACUCCAGGAAACGAAACCUAAAGGGGGAUAUGGCUGAGGAGGAAAAACACAACGCUGUACUUCUACAACGAAAAAUAAUUUAAUCAGGACUUUACCUGUUAAUCACCAAGGACCUCAAUACAAAAAGAUGUCGACCACCAGCUGUGAGUUAUCUGAAGAGCAGUUCCGCUGCUCCAUCUGUUUGGAUGUGUUCACUGAUCCAGUCUCCAUACCAUGUGGACACAGUUUCUGCAAGCAAUGCAUCACACACAACUGGGAUGUUAACGAGCGGUGUGAAUGUCCGUUGUGUAAGACGGUGCUAAACACAAGACCUGAGCUUCGUGUGAACACGUUCAUAUCAGAGAUGGCUGCUCAGUUCAGACACUCUGCUGUGAAGAAAGCUAGAAGAUUCUUGAUCCAACAAAGUUCCUCUUCUGAAGAGGUUGUGUGUGGUGUCUGUCCUGAAACCAAAGCGAAGGCGCUGAAGUCCUGCCUGACAUGUCUGACCUCCUAUUGUGAGACUCACCUGGAGUUUCAUCAGAAGAUGAUCGGACAGACGAAGCACGAGCUGAUCGAUCCUGUGGGAAACCUGGAGGAGAGGAUGUGCAAUAACCAUCACAGACCUCUGGAGAUGUUCUGUAAGACGGAUCUGAAUUGCGUUUGUUUCAGCUGCACUGAAUCCAGUCAUAAGCUUCAUCAUAUCAUUCCCUUGAUGGAACAAUUCGAAGAGAAGAAGGCUGAGCUGAGAGAGACAGAGGACGACAUUCAGAAGAUGAUUAAGGAGAGGCAACUGAAGAUUCAGACGCUGAAAGAUUCAGUGAGGCUCAGCAGGGAAGAUGCAGACCGAGAGAAAUCUGACAGCAGGGAGGUCUUCACUGCUCUGAUCCGCUCUGUUGAGGAAGGCUUGGCUCAGCUGCAUGACUUGAUUGAAAAUAAGCAGAAAAUAAUAGAGGAAAGGACUGAAGGCUUCAUCAAAGAGCUGGAAGAUGAAAUCUCUGAGCUGACAAAGAGAAGUGCAGAGGUGGAGAAGUUUUCACACUUUGAAGAUCAUCUCCAGUUUCUUCAGAACCUGGCCUCCAUGAACCCUACUCCAUCCACCAAAGACUGGACACACGUCCAAGUUCACUCAUCGUAUGAGGGGAUUGUGAGAGGAGCUGUGGCUAAAGUGGGGGAGAAAGUCAGCGAAGAGGUCAAGAAGCAAGUUCAGUUUGAGCUGGCUAAAGUCAAACAGUACAUGAUAUAUGUCACUCUGGAUCCUGAUACUGCACAUCCCUCCCUUACCCUGCAUUGGAGUAAAAAAGUAAUGUGCGGUAAAAAGCAGAGUCUCCCAAACAACCCAAAGAGGUUUUCCGGGAGUGCAUGUGUCCUGGGAGAUCAGGGUUUUUUGGCAGGAAAGUUUUAUUUUGAGGUUCAGGUCAAUGAUAAAACAAAUUGGGAAUUAGGAGUAGCCCUUGGAUCAAUGGACAGGAAGAGAUUCGUCUUUCCCUGCCGAGAGCAAGGCCCUUGGGUUUUGCAGUUGAAGAAUGGAAAGGAUUACUCAGUCAGUGGUUAUAAUUUUGACCCUCCAUCUCUUAAGUGGAAGCCUUGGAAGGUGGGGGUGUUUGUUGAUUAUGAAGAGAGUCUCGUCUCCUUCUACAAUGUAGGUACAGGGUCCCACAUCUACUCCUUCUUUGGCUGCAAAUUCAGCGGCAUACUGUACCCAUACCUCAAUCCUUCAGGGGACGACCGUGCCCUUGAGGUUCUGUAAGAGCAUAUCAGGUUACCAAUGUUGGGUUGCUUCCCAACAUCAACACCGCAUCCAAGUAUGAACGUGGGGAAUGAGGAACACUCUUUUUUGGGGAUUUUGUUUGAGUUCAUGUUUAGUCACACGGAAGUGACUUCUGGCUGAGAGUUGCCCUCUAGGACUUGAAACUUGCAUUUGGCUUCCCUUUAAGGUUUGAUCAGACUACAUGGUUGUUUUUUUGUGUGUGUGUUUUGUGACAGCACCAGCUGGUCAUUGAAUGUUAUCACAACAUUAUCUCCUAUCUUCAUGACUGUUUGGGGGCUUAUUGGUCUUCAGGAGGUGGGUCAAAGAGUGUCAGUCAUAGCAACCACAAAAGCAGUGGGUUUGACUCUAGCAGUCUUGUGGUCUGAAAAUGAGAAAUCCACAAAAAAGAAAUAAUUAUGGAUCAGUAAGUUGACAAUGGACUUGCUAUCUUUCAAACAGAACUUGGGCUUCAAAUCUUGGAAUAUCUCACUAGAAUUAGCCCAGUUAAUAGAGCUAAAUACAGUUACAUGUGUGACUUAUUGGUCAGCAGGAUCAUGUAAAGCCCUGACGACAUGUCAAGGAGUCAAACUAGACUGAAGGCACCAGUAAAAUUUCUGACAUGCCAGUUUAUGUUUGAUGUGGCCAUUAAUACCCAAGACUGGAUCUUGACUCGUCUUCUAAGAGUUUGGACUGGAUUAAAACUUGCACCAAAUGACGUGACAGGAGUCUGCCUUGCCCUAAUUGAAUCAGACUCAAGGCUUCACUUGAACUUGCCCUCCAAGACUUAAGAUGUGAUUUGGACUUGGCCGUAAAGAGUUAGGAAUCAAACUGGGCUUGACCAGAUUUGACUCAGAUUUGUCCCUCUGGGACAUGACUUGGGACUUUUCCACAUAGAAUUUAAGACUUGAAAUGAAAUUAUCCAUCAAAGAAUUGAGAUGUUAUUUGGAUUUGCCCUCACAGACUUGAGACUUGAUUUGGACGUGUCCGUAAAGACUUCAGGCUUAAGCAGGGCUUGACCAGAUUUGACUCAGAUUUGUCCCUCUGCUACUUGAGACUUAACUUGGGCUUUCGUAACAGAACUUGUCCAUCAACGAAUGGAGACUUUAUUUGGACUUGCCCUCACAGACUUGAGACUAGAUGUGGGCUUGUCCAUGAAGACACAGACUUGGCACUUGGUUUAGACUUACCCUCAAAAACUUGAGACGUGACUUGGACUUUCCUUGUUGGCUUUAUUUGAACUUACCCUCAAAGACUUGAGACUUUAUUUGGACUUGUCCAUAAAGACUUAAGGCUUUAGCAGGGCUUGACCAGAUUUGACUCAGACUUGCCCCUCUGCUACUUGAGACUUAACUUGGGCUUUCCCUUAUGAGAGCUGAGACUUAACAGAACUUGUCCAUCAAUGAAUUGAGACUUUAUUUGGACUUGCCCUCACAGACUUGAGACCUGAUGUGGACCUGCCCUUUAAAACACAGACUUGAGACUCGAUUUGGACUUUCCAUCAAAGAAUUGAAACAUGACUUAGGGCACAUUCACACCAGAGCUUCUAAGUCCGCUUUAAACAAACUCUGGUCAGUUUUCCCGGAUAGUCCGGUUCAUCUGGAGUGGUGUGAAAGCUCCCACAAACUCUGGCGCAGACCAAACAAG